AUGCAAGAUAAAUACUCCAAGUCAAUCAAAUACCAUAUACGACCAAACAACUCCAAGGAUAUAGAUGGAAUGUUUGCAUAUGAGCUUCAAAAACUAGAUCAACAAAGAAAUCCUAUUGAUAAGAGGAUUGUUAUGGUUGACUUUGUGGAGCGUAAGCUGAUUUGCUCAUGCAAGAUGUUCGAGAAGUGUGGAUGGCUUUGUCGCCAUGUGCUGCGCGCAAUAGAUCACCUCGGCUAUGAAGGACACAUAGAAAUCCUGAAUAUUCACACACGCUACAUAUUGAAGAGGUGGACUUAUGAUGCAAAAUCUGGUGAAUUCACACUACCGGCAGUACAAGAUACAACAGAGAGGGUGUACUGUUCAAGGGUGAAACAACUUACUGGAUCCAUGAAUUUGCUUGCAACACGCACUUGUAUGGAUGAUGACAUAUACAAGAUGCUUGAGGAAAGAAUGCAAGCAUUGAAGAUUCGUGCUGAAUCCAUGAUGUCUGCCAUGAAGUUUGGCCAGCCUAGCACAAGCUCGGAAGCAGAAAUGAAUCCAACAAAUGAAGGAAAGUAA